CACCUGCUGAACGCUGCCGGGGAGACAGACAGACGGGAGGAUGACCGUGUCGGGACAAACAGCUGUGCUCCACGAGACGUGGCCCGCGAGAUGCCGCGCGCGCUUCUGGAGGCUCUUUCCUCACCUGACGCUGUGCUGCGCCUUAGUGGCUUACACGAUGCUGGGCGCGCUGGUCUUCAUGCAGGUCGAGGGGGGAAGGAAAUCCAGCACCGAGCAGGAAUACCGCAACUUUCUGUCGAGCAUCGUCAAGAUGGUCCAGAACGACACCAAUAACAAAUCCUGCACGCUCAACCAAACGGUUAGCAAAGUUGUGGUAAAAAUGCAGGAUUUCAAGUCCAUAUGGUUCCAGAGCCCCAGCAGAUGGAAUUUGUUUGGUUCCGUCUUCUUCUGCUGCUCUAUUUUUUCAACUGUUGGAUAUGGGGAAAUCUAUCCAGUCACCUUGCUCGGUAAAGCGCUGUGCAUCAUUUAUGCGAUGGUGGGCAUUCCUCUCAUGCUCCUGGUCAUUCUUGACGUGGGAGACUUUCUCGCUCUGGUGAUGUCCAAAGCCUACAACCGCGCCCGCGCCCGCGCCCGCGCCCUCUUCAAGACGUGGUCACGGUGGAGAACUCGCAGGAGAAGACCCUGGUCAAACCAGCGGACUCUGGACGAUGGCACCUUGCUUCGUCAACCUCUAGACAUCCGGCAGGUGCUGAACACUCAAGCAGAUGUUCGACACAAGUCCAUUCAUCUCCAAAACAACAAAGAAAUCUUUGAAAAGCUGCUGGCCAGAGAUAAUUUAAUGAGAAAGGAUCCACUACUCAGGUCCCUCUCCUGCCCUGAACUCGAACAGAUGCCACAACCACCUAGUGAAUUUGCCAUAUGGGAUUUCUCGGGGUUAGGGAAUGUAAUGGAAGACUUUGACGUUCCAUUUAUACUCAUCCUUUUCAUUGUAUUUGCAUAUAUUUGCUUCGGAGGUAUAAUCCUCCCACUGUGGGAACCUCAAAUAGAAGGAUUUGACUCUUUCUACUUUUGCUUCAUCACACUCACUACAAUCGGAUUUGGUGACAUCAUACCUAAAGACUCCAAGUGUUUCUGGAUAACCUCCCUUUUUUUUGUGGUUGGCAUGAGCAUUAUGUCCAUGGCUUUCAAGCUAAGCCAAAAUAGAAUCGUUUCUUUUUAUCGUAACUGCAUCCGGUUCAUUGGCAGGGCAAAUGCUGAAACUACAGAAAAUGUGGAAAAGAAGUAAGUCGAGAUCUUCUGAAUCAAGUUUUGGGAUUGUGGAAUUUAUUAUUUCCUGGAUUUAAUCAAUUAUUUAUUGUAUCUGUUUUUCAUAAGCAUGGGUAAUUAUGAAGUCAUGCAUGUGGCAAACACUUUAUCCAGUGAAUGGCUGUCAUGAUUAAAAAGAUUUGUUUUCAAACAUUUAAAGGGGUAGUAUUAUGUUUUCCAGUCACUUAGUUUUCCACACGAUCAAGUAACUGCUACCUUCAUUUGUUACAAUAAUGCUGUAUAUAUCAAAUAUGACAAAAAAGAAAUUGAUAUCUUAGUUUAAUGCCUUGAAGCUAAGAAGGCAUCUGUCUCUUUAAAACACCCUGCUCUUUCUGAAACUCCGCAUUCAGGGAGUCACCACAACAUCGCUUCUCUAUUAGCCCUUCAACAACCAGCAUUUCACUGAGGUGUAGCUCCUAUAAUGAGCUCAGCAGAUGCACAGUUCCUCCUGGUAUUUGCCAAUUGCUGCAGGCUAGUCUGAAGGAGCUGAGUCGCGUGAGAGGGGUGCUCAAUGAGGCAGAAGCUUGGAACUGCAGCCGUGAAGUUCCAAGCUCACAGCUCGCCUGCCU